AUGCACGCCUUCGAGUUGUCACAUGCAAGUGGACGCACCGGCACACGUGACACACACGCGCACAACCAGCGCGACCCUGCACGCGGACCCGACGCACAGGUGCACAGACGCCCAGGCGCACACGAGACAGCGGCUGGAGGUGCACCACAGCGCGAUGAGGCGACGCCUGUUCUCACGCCGCCUCGUCUUCACCACCGCUUCACUCCUCAGCCGGAGGCGUUGAUUAAUUGCUGCCUUAUAAUUUCCACCCGCUCCCGCAACACACACACUCUCCUCCACGUCCUGCCUCGCCGGCUCAAGCCGACCCGAAACUGCACUCCGUCUAGGCUCGUCGGCCAGUUGUGA